GAUGCAGGGUGUGGUGAUGUAUAAAACAUCCUUCGUUCCUGUCUCUUCACCAAAACAGCCCCUCGAAGCCUGACUUUCACUCUCCGGUCCUUUGACAUUCCAGCCCUGCCAUCAUCAUGAGUGACGUCGAGACAGCGAUGAAGCUCCUCAUCAAAGCCUUUCAUAAAUACUCCGGCAAGGAGGGAGAUGCCAGCACCCUGACUAAAGGGGAGCUGAAGGACCUUCUUCAGACUGAACUGGCGGGAUUUAUUGGUAAAUCCACCGACAAGGCAGGAAUAGAUAAAAUCUACAGCAACCUGGACUCAAACUCCGACGGCCUCGUGGAUUUCACGGAGUACGUCACCCUGGUGUGCUCCAUCACUACGCUGUGCAACGACUACUUGUGCGGCAAGAAAUGAGGAUCCAAGCGCCACCUUGGGGCCAGCUGAGAGAGCUGCCUCUCUGUGAAAGAAGAAAUAAAUAUUUACCCACACUCAACAGCACUAACGCACACUAAAAGAUGAGAAGGAAGUCAUGAAAACAUUAUAUUGUAAUGCAAAAUUAAAUAAACUUUUCUUCAAACGAC